AUGGGUCUUAUCUAUUCGCAAUGGAGGAAGAAGCGAAAGUACAAAAUGGGAAGGCAGCCUGCCAAUACAAAGCUGUCGACCAACAAGACAGUCAGAAGAUUCAGAGUUCGUGGAGGUAACGUCAAGUGGCGAGCGCUGAGACUCGAUACCAGUAACUAUUCUUGGGGAAGUGAAGCAGUUACUUGCAAGACCAGAGUCCUUGAUGUUGUCUACAACGCUUCCAAUAAUGACUUUGUUUGUGCAAACACACCUGUCAAGAGUGCCAUUGUUCACUUCGAUGCUGCUCCCUUCAAGCAGUGGUACCUCCAGUACUACGGUGUCGAAGUUGGCCGGAAGAAGAAGAAUGCUGCUUUUUCUGCCAAGAAGAAAGGAGAGGAAGGUGAUGAUGCAACAGCAGCUGCUUCCUGCUGUUCUUGA